UUAGCUUUCUAAUAAGAGGACUUGCAUGUUACUCCUCCCUGUCUUCACCAGCAGUUUUGAAAAUCAGAAGUUUUUACUAUAGAAAUGAACAGCUAAAAAAUCCUCACAAAUGAUGGCAGCAGCUUCAGCUGAUGUACUGACCAUUCUUCCACACGAGGAAGUCUUCCGGAGCAAUCAAACUAACCUAGCCAUAAAUGCCUCAGAAAUUCAAAACAAUGCCAGUUGUUUUUUAGAUCACAACUCACUGUCAUUUGCUUUGAUACUCUUCUACUCUAUUAUUUUUGUUGUUGGAUUGGUUGGAAAUACGAUUGCCCUGUUUGCUUUCCUGUGCGUUCACCAGAAAAGGAAUUCUAUCCAAGUUUACUUGCUAAAUGUAGCUGUUGCAGACCUUCUGCUGAUCUUCUGUCUUCCCUUCCGAAUAGUCUAUCAUGUUAAGAAAAACACUUGGAAGCUUGGACCUGUUUUAUGCAAGAUUGUAGGAACUCUACUUUAUAUGAACAUGUAUAUUAGCAUAGUAUUGCUGGGACUGAUUAGUCUAGAUCGUUACAUAAAAAUAAAUAAAUCUGUGAAGCGUCCUAAAAUGUUAACUACUACACGAAGUAUACAUAUUUGUUGCACGGUGUGGGCACUUGCACUAAUAGGAUUUAUAGUAGUAGUUGCACCAUCUUUUUUUAAGACUGAGGACAGCAAUUCUACUAUGUGCUUUCAUUACAGAAAUAAACAGGAUGCAAAGACAGAAGCAAUUUUAAACUAUAUUCUUGUAAUCCUCUUUUGGAUAGUUUUUUUCCUUUUGAUACUUUCAUAUGUUAAAAUUGCCAAAAACCUGCUGAAAAUUUCAAAGAAAAGAGCAAAUUUUCCCAAUGCAGGAAAAUACACCCAGACAGCAAGGAAUUCCUUCAUUGUACUAAUCAUUUUUACCAUCUGUUUUGUUCCUUACCACAUGUUCCGGUUCGUCUACAUCACAUCACAGCUACAAAAUCCAUCUUGUUAUUGGAAGCAAGUCAUUCACAUAACCAAUGAGGUGAUGCUCAUAUUUUCAUGUUUUAACAGCUGCUUAGACCCAGUUAUGUACUUCCUAAUGUCCAGAAGUGUCCGUAAGACUGUACUCCAACUUAUUUGCAGAAGACUUCAUGGAGAUCCAAGCUUCAUGCUAGAAAGCACUUCAGACAUAAAGCUUGGACAAUAUACACAAGAGCGACUAUCUACUACCACACCCCACUCAAGCUUUGUAAAGAAGAAGUCUCUGAUUUGAUUGUUUACGUGAAUGGCUAUUGGCUUCUCUCACCCCAAGACAUCAAUUCAAGGUGUACCAAAUGCAAUAUUGUACAGCUACUAAUCCUGCCUCUUUCUUCCUGUUAAAAAAUGAGAAGUCUUACUUCUGUUUGUGAAAAUGAGAAGUUACUUUUCAGAAGAAUGAUGUUCUUGUUUAUCCAAGAAAACAAAAUAGGAAGUCCUCAGACAUCAUCUGCUGGACUAAUCUGGAACACUAACUCUUUAAGGAGAUUUCCUUGAUGUGGUUUGAAAGAAUCUAGUAUAUAUAUGUUAUUACCAACUAGUGUAUGUAAAUAAUAGAUGAAUUUUGGAAAAAGUAAAUUGUGUCCUAUUGGAAAGAGCUAUAUCAAGGACUACACAUUUUAUGUAUUUCUCUAUUUUAUUACAUUUCAAAGAGAUCAGCAUUUUAAUUACAUUUAUAGAAGGUUUUUUUCCAAGAAAAUAUUUGAGAAUUUAGCAACAUAUGUGGUUUAAAAGUAAGGUAAAGAAUACAACUGCCAUUAAUUCAGUUAUAAUUGCAGAAAAACCACUUUGUAUCAUUAAACAGCAACAUUAAAAUAUUCAAGCUUCCUAAGCCCCUUAUUGUAUUUUCAACAUUUCAAUGACUAUCAAGGUCAAGCACCUGAGGAAAACCAAGCAAAGCUUUCGGAAAAUUAGAAAUUAAAGGAGAGGUGAUAUACCCAUGGUUUCAGUCACCUAAGAUUUCCUUCAAACUGACAAAUUUGGUGAUGGCAGCUACACAAAAUAGUUCAACAAGGAAAAUAAGCUCACAUAACUAAGUAUACAGAGCAGAAUAGAAAAAUUAGGUCUUGUGAACACCUGGCACAUCAGCUCUGAUCCUUUUCAGGCUCAGUCACUGAUCUACCUACAGCUUUCCAAAAGCCAUGCAUUUCAGCUGCACACUUUGUCCCUGGCACAGAUCUUCUCUUUUCAUGUGGUUAAAAUAAUCUCAAUAUUGCUGAUGCUUAGCAAAUAGUAAUGUAGAAACAAUAUGCCAUUUAUGCAAUUAUAUUCUCAGAUCAAAACCAAGCAAGUUUAUGUAUUUAGGCACAAACCAAGCAUUUCAAAUUGUAACACUGUUUAAAAAAAGGGGGCUGAAGGCAGGGGCUGUUUGACCCAAAGUAAAGUGAUGAGGCAGUUAUACCAAGAACAACUUAUAUGUCUGGCAUGAUAGGUCAGAAAGGUGAACGAAUUAGACAGUAGAUGUUCAGCUCCAUAAAAUAAGGUUUUAUUAUCCUGAAC